AUGCAGCAAACCAUCAUCGUGUCAGCACAAAAGAAGUGUUUUCCUCCCGAAUCAUCAGGCUCUAUUCUCCACUGCGAUCAACUCCCAGACAGUCCUGUUCGCAAAGAUCUCUACGGUCCCAACACAGACCGAGACCCAAACGAGUUCCACGAUAACCGACCCAAGUACCUCAAUAGUGGUAGUAUGAUCGGUCCAGUUGGGGAUAUGCGACGAUACUUCCGUCGGGUUUACGAGCGCAUGCAGAGGGGACUUGUCAAUGGCAAGGACCUCUACAGUGACCAGGGUAUCUUUGCAGAAAUAUUUGCUGAACAGGAACUCUGGAGACGAUCCUUGCGUUCACACAAGUCUAUCACAAAAGACAAAGACUUUGAGUUUCUGCACGAAGAAUUUGAGUAUCACGUUGGUCUCGACUAUACUCAACAUCUUUUUAUACCUACCGUCUUUGAAGAACAGGAUGGCGAAAUAAUUGCACUCAACGACGCAGCAGGUAUCGCCGAAAAGUCCAAGAGUCUAGAUACCUCACCCAGACUUGACGGUGUACCAGCCGAUAUCCAAGAGUCCCAUAACCCUUUGAGUAAGCUUUCAUUCCGCGAGCUGGACAUUGUUGAAGACUGGGGAGAAAUGCCUCUGUACGCCGACUUUUUCUCCGAGGCCAUUCCUGUAGUGGUACACCACAACGCCCACAAGGACGGAGCCAAGAAGCGGAGGUAUACCUGGUGGGAUCGCAUCUGGUACUUCCCUUAUCUACGGGAACUUGUAGAAGUGCAAUUGAAGGAGACGAAGGCGAGGUCACUGUUUGAUAUUGUGGUUAAUGGGGAGAGUUUGGUUUACUGGGAUUCGAGAUCGAGCAAGCCUCAGAAGAAGCCGCAGACAUUUGUUGUUGGGAAUAAUGGGAACGCUACGUUUGAGAGGCAUGAGUUUACGGAUGUUUGUAGAGCAAAGACGGAGAAGGAAGAAGCGAAGAAACCUUGGUGGGAUGAGGUAUUUAGAGAUGGGAAGGGCGACUUGAAGGGAUAG